AUGCCGCGGCGGCCGUCCAUGGCGUCGCUGACGGACGUCGAGAGCGACAACCUCAUCCCCUACUCCGUGCGCAAGCUGCUCCAGCUGCUGAGCGAGCGCAAGACGCCCAAGUCGCGCCUCGCGAACAUCGUCAACCAGAUGAACGUCGUCGACAGCGACAUCCUCGACAAGGUGCCCCAGCACCAGGAGCAGUUCAUCGAGGACCUGACCAUCAAGGAGUCGCGCGGCGGCGCGGCGACGAUCGCGUACGGCGCGUUCGAGACGAUCUUCGAGGAGGGCGACUUCCCCGACGGCUACUACCACAUCCUCCACGGCAGCGUGCAGAUCUGGAAGGCGACGAAGCUCAGCGAGGAGGAGGUGCAGAAGCAGCGCGAGGAGGCCGGCGACGACCAGGGCAGGAAAAGAGUGCGAAAUUCCCAACUUCAAAGGCUCCGAUCUCGGCUGAUUUCCACUCGCGACGACGGCGGCGAGGGCGAGGCCUUCUACGACAAGCGGGGCAUCCACAUCUGCGACCUGGCCACGGGCUGCGGCUUCGGCGAGCUCGGCUUCCAGGGCGACCGCCAGGCCGUGCGGUCCGCGUCCGUCGUCGCCGCGGAGCGCACGAUCUGCCUCGUGAGCUCCGCGAACGUCUACCUGAAGCUCAUGGAGCUGUCGAUCAAGUCGCAGCUCCGGCGGAAGAUCGACUGGCUCGAGAACUGCGCCCUCUUCCGCCACUGGUCCGACGAGAAGCGCUACGAGUUCGCCCAGAGCCUGCGGUCCUACAAGUGCGCCAAGGGCCGCUACGUCUGCACGUCGGGCGAGCCGGCUGCGGGCGUCUGGUUCCUCAUCGGCGGCGAGAUCCGCGUGCAGACGCACCUCGACAAGGAGAAGGAGAACGAGAAGGCGCCGACGGAGCGGCGCCAGGUCGAGCUGGCGCUGCUGGGCGCGGGCGACGUCUUCGGGGUCUGCGAGCACGUCGAAGAACGGCGCGAGAUGAGCCGGUCGGCCUACGCGACCAAGGCCUCGAGCGCCUACUUCGCGGGCACGUCGGCGGUGCUGACCCUCAUGUUCGAGGACGAGGUCACGCGCCAGCUCAUGAUCGCGCUCACCAAAAAGCGGCGGAAGUGGGAGGCGCUCCGCGUCAACGUGAACCUGUCGGCGAAGACCAUGCUCAUUUCGGACUACCUCUGCGAGAGCCUCGACAAGUCGCCGAAGCGGCGGCAGCCCGCGGCGCCGCGGCCCGCGAGCCGGCCGAGCUCCGUAAAACGGCCGAGCUCCGUGAGACGCGCGGAGCGGCCGGCCGCGCCGCGGCCGCGGACGCGCGAGUCGCGGCCCGCGGCGCCGGCGCCGGCGCACCCCCUCGGCGACAUCCCCGCCAUCGACCACGACGGCUGCGGCUUCAACAAGGUCGGCGCGACGCCCGUCGCGCGGCGGCCGAGCUUCGGGUCCGGGCAGCGGAAGUCGUCGUUCGCCGCGACGUCGCGCGCGGAGGACGUGCGCGCGGCGGGCCUCGUGCCGCGGCCCGCGUCGCGGGGCCUCGACCCGCUGGCCGCGGCAGCGACGAAGCGCCCGAAGCGGGCGCCGACGAACGACGCCACGGCGCCCGCGCCGCCCGCGGGGCGGCCGGGCUCGCGCGCGCGGCCGCUCCGCGGCCGGCGCGGCAGCCGCGACGACCUGCUCGGCGCGCUGAACACGGCCCUGGGCGAGGCCGAGGACGCGCCGCCGCGGCGCGCGAGCCUCCGCAAGGCCGACGAGUCGCGGAGGACGGAGCGGCCGCGGUCGCGCGAGCCGGAGCCGCGGCGCCGCGAGACGCUGAGCUCGGGCACCUACGUGCCGGCGACGGACCAGCGGCCGGGCACGUCGUCGGCGCGCAAUGAGCUGCUCCAGAGCGCCUGGCGGGGCUUCGCGGACUCGUCGACGGUCUACGCGGGCCCGGCGUCGCGGCCGACGACCGCGUCCGCGGCGCUCGCGGCGCUCCGGGGCAGGAAGCCCGCCGAGAAGCCGCGGCGGAGCCUCGGCGACCUCGACGCGCGCUGGCCGGGCGGCGGCGCGCCCCUGGGGGGGCUCGCCGCGCUCCCGGCCGUCGACGACGCGGGCCCGCGGCCGCGCGGCGACGCGGCCGACCCCAUCCAGGUCGCCAACGACCCCCUCGGCGCCGCCGCCGCGCGCCGGACCAGCGGGCGCGAGGUUAAGGCGGCGUGA